CUCUAUGGCAGGGGGAAAAAAAGACAACACGAGAAAAAUUAGUAUUUUCUCCCUUCAGAAAUUAAUGGCCAUGAGUUCGUAUAUGGUGAACUCUAAGUAUGUGGAUCCCAAAUUUCCUCCUUGCGAGGAAUAUUUGCAGAAUAGCUACCUAGGCGAGCAGGGGGCCGAGUACUACAGUGCCUCGCAGGGCUCUGAUUUCCAGCACCAGGGACUCUACCCACGGUCAAACUACAGCGAGCAGCCCUUUAGCUGUAGCAAUGCCCAAGGCUCUGCCGUGCCGCCGCGGGGUCAUGGACAGGAGCAAUCCGGCCCAGCCAGCCACUUCCCCGGCCAAGCAGAGCAUUGUCCACCGCCUCCAAUGUCCAACUCGCGAGCCUGCAGCCAGCAGCCGGCCCUCAAAGCCCCAAACGGGUCAGCAGUUAAGCAGCCAGCAGUAGUUUAUCCCUGGAUGAAGAAAGUCCAUGUUAACUCGGUGAACCCCAAUUACAACGGAGGGGAACCUAAACGCUCCCGCACAGCUUACACCAGACAGCAAGUCCUAGAACUGGAAAAAGAAUUUCAUUUUAACAGGUACCUGACCAGGCGCCGCCGUAUCGAGAUAGCCCACACUUUGUGUCUCUCUGAGCGCCAGAUCAAGAUCUGGUUUCAGAACAGAAGAAUGAAGUGGAAAAAAGAUCACAAACUGCCCAACACGAAGGGCAGGUCUUCUUCCUCUGGUUCAAAUCCCCAUUUACAGACUGGUUCCAAGGACCAUCAGACUGACUUGACAACUUUGUAG